CUUCUGCCCUCAAGCUCAAGGCUUCAUAUUUAUGUAUCUUCACAUGGGUCUCGUCACGGUGGUCUCCUGUUCGGCAGUGGCCGAAUGCUGCUAACAAUCGUGAGGUCUCUGCAUGGCCUCUAUGUCUGUACAUAAAGCGAAGCCACAUACACCUUCAACGGACUUUUUGUCCUCUCUACUCAGCUAAGUAGUCCUCAUCUGCAGGACGUCCAUUCAUUUGAACCCAUUGCUAGUCAUUGGUAUCUGUCAUCAUGAAACUCUCACUCUCACUUCUACGCAUCAGCGUAGCAUUACUUUGUCCUGUCUUCGUCACAUCCCAAUCCAUUGCUGAAAUCAACGGGAAUAAGUUCCUUUCGCCCUAUCGAAAUCAACCCGUAUCAAAUGUCACAGGUCUGGUGACAGCCAUUGGGCCAAGCGGUUUCUGGAUGCGAUCGACAACUCCUGACAAGGAUGUCCGAACCUCAGAAUCUAUCUACGUCUAUGGCGCUCUGCCUACCAACGCGACUGUUGCAACGGGCGAUAUCAUCAUCCUGGACGGCCGUGUGACCGAGUAUCGGUCGUCGGCAGCCUACUUAUUCCUAACUGAAAUCACGCAGCCGAGUAACAUCAGGACACUCUCGCGAGCGAAAAAGGUCGAACCUGUGGAACUUGGAAAGAAGGACACGAAACCGCCCACGGAGCAAUUCUCUUCGCUUGAUGGUGGAGACGUUUUUGCUCUGCCUAACAAUGCUAGCCUCAUCUCUGUGGUAAACCCAGUCCUCGAGCCCGGCAAAUUUGGCCUCGACUUCUGGGAGAGUCUCUCAGGCGAGCUCGUCAAAAUCAAGAAACCCGUGGCCGCUAGCAAACCUAACAACUUUGGCGACACUUGGGUCACAGGCAACUGGAAAUUGACUAGCGAGAACAACAGGGGAGGGGUGACAUUGACUUCAGGUGAUGGAAACCCAGAAGCAAUUCUCAUCGGAAGCCCUCUGGAUGGAUCGAGCAACCCCGCUGGGACAAAGUUGGGAGACAAGCUCGACGAUAUUGUUGGCGUCGUCACCCAGGCCUUCGGUUUCUACCGUGUUCUUCCCCUGACUGCCGUGGUGACUGAGAAAUCAGAAAAGCCCGCGCUGCCAAAAGGUGUUGACUGGAAAUCUGGCGGCAGUUGUAAGAAGUUCACGGUUGGGGUAUACAACGUGGAGAAUCUGGCGCCAACAUCUCCAUGGCUACCCGACAUAGCUGGCCAUAUUGUGAAAUAUCUCAACUCACCCGACCUCUUGUUCCUGCAAGAGGUGCAAGACAGCAAUGGUCCCACCAACGACGAUGUGGUGUCUGCCAACGUCACGUAUGAAACACUCAUCGCGUCCAUCGUCGAUCAAAAGGGAGUGAAUUACAACUACAUCGACAUUGAUCCCGUUGACGACCAAGAUGGUGGACAGCCUGGAGGUAACAUUCGCACUGGCUAUCUCUACAACCCUGCCGUCAUCAAACUGAAGAACAUCAACCCAGGAAGUGCCAUUGACGCCAACCAAGUCCUUGCAGGGCCAAGUCUAAAGUUCAAUCCUGGCCGUAUUGAUCCUGCAAAUCCGGCCUGGCAAGCAUCGCGGAAACCGCUUGUCGCACAGUGGGAAACGGUCAAAGACAAAUCCACUCUGUUCACGGUCAACGUCCACUUCAGCUCCAAAGGUGGCAGCUCGUCAAUCGAGGGCGAUGCGAGGCCACCAGUGAACGGCGGUGUUGCAGCCCGUAUCGCGCAAGCAAACAUCACUGCCAGCUUCAUUUCUGAAAUUCUGCGUCAAGACGCCCAGGCUAACAUUAUAGCCGCUGGUGACUUUAAUGAAUUUUCUAUCGUUCGACCUCUGCAGAACUUUGUCGCUGUUUCUGGGCUGAAAGAUCUCGACGAGGUAGCCAAGAUCAAACCCACAGAACGAUACACGUACCUCUUUGAUAUGAACAGUCAGCAAUUAGACCAUGUAUACGUCAGCCCCAGGAUCGCUGCUGCAAAACCGGACUAUGAACACGUCCAUGUCAAUACUUGGGUUAGCUCAGCGGAUGAGAUCUCCGAUCACGAUCCAAGUGUAGCCAGAGUGAACAUAUGUUAGGAAUAUGGAGAAUGAGUCAGGACCUCUCGGAUGCUUCAGAAGCGGAGUGCACUCGAUACCGCGGUGGCGAUAGAUUGCCUAACCACUGAGGGCCUCAAUAAUAUAAUAAUGUCAAGGCCUUUCCUUCUAGGUUAGGGUUCUGAGAUGAUGACUACCGAUCGAUUACACAUCCUGAAUGGAUCUUGUCA